AUGAGCGGACAACCGGGUAGUGCGGGCGGAGGGGGGACGGGCGGGGGAGGUAUGGGCGGAGGCAGCAUGGGCGGAGGAACCAUGGGUGGGGGAGGCAUGGGCGGAGGAGGCAUGGGCGGCGGAAGCAUGGGCGGAGGGGGAAUGGGCGGGGGAGGUAUGGGCGGAGGCGGCAUGGGUGGAGGAAGCUUGGGCGGAGGAAACAUGGGCGCGGGAGGCAUGGGCGGAGGGGGAAUGGGCGGGGGAGGUAUGGGCGGAGGCAGCAUGGGCGGAGGAAACAUGGGCGGGGGAGGCAUGGGCGGAGGAGGCAUGGGCAGAGGAAGCAUGGGCGGAGGGGGAAUGGGCGGGGGAGGUAUGGGCGGAGGCGGCAUGGGUGGAGGAAGCUUGGGCGGAGGAAGCAUGAGUGGAGGAAGCAUGAGCGGAGGAAGCAUGAGCGGAGGGGGGAUGGGCGGAGGAGGCAUGGGCGGCGGAGGCAUGGGCGGCGGAGGAGGCAUGGGCGGCGGAGGCAUGGGCUUCGGAGGAGGCAUGGGGGGUGGCAGUGGGUCAUCGGGUGGGAGUGCGGUGAUGUCAAGCAACGGGUGUCCGGGGUACGCAUGGCGGGUGAAGGCCACGCUGUACGCUACCCUGCAGCAGGCGCUCUCUUUCGCCGUGCCACUCGCCCCCAUGCUCGCCUCAUCCGCCACUCCCGUCGCCCUCAACGGUGUCUGCAAGAUGGGGCCCAUCGGCUUCGCGCUCAACGGCGUACCCUUCUACAGUGCGUGUGACGCCCUGGGGCGGGACGCGCUGCAGUACGAGGGGUCCACGUUUGACGCGUGUGGGGGGCACCCCACGCCUUCUGGCCAGUACCACUACCACGUUGCUCCUGGCGUCGCCAACCCCUCUGCCAUCUCCUCAUCUCGCUCCACCGACUUCAACCUCUGCAACGCGUCGUUCUGGCAGGACACCCCGGGGCAGCACUCGCCGCUGCUGGGCUUCCUGGCGGACGGCAUUCCGCUGUUCGGCCCGCGCGGAGAGGGGGGAGCGCUGCCGGCAGGGGUGGACGAGUGUGGGGGGCACGUGGGCGACGGCAGUGGGGGCGAGCCGGCGUUCUACCACUACCACGCCAGCACCACCGCGCCCUACACCGUCGCCUGCCUCAGGGGUUGCGUCUCCGCGUCCGACUGGGGCAACCUCGGCUCCGCCUCCUGCAGCAAGGCCUCCAAGCAAUACGACUACUCAUCGUUGGCAGCAAUGCAGGCAGCAUGA